CCUGCUUCCACCAUCUUGUUGUUCUUCUGUAGACACUCAGUCAGGACAUCGGAUUGCUUCAUAGUGUCUGCCGUUCCAGUCUCUCGUGGGUGAUCUUGUUCCUGCGGUCGUCCCUCUUCAUAUAACAACGACACCAGACCGCAAAUCUGAUAUCGUUCCGACCGGGCCACGCUUAAUGAGGACAUCCACGAGAGUGCUGGGAAGGUAGUGAAGCAAACUGGAGGAGCGCCGCUACUGAGAUCUCUCGCUGUCUCAACUCAACUCGCACGUGAGACCGCGUGUCUGGCGUGCGAGAACAAAGGAAGCGAUGGUUGGUGGGCGCUUCUUCAGCCUGGUCGGGCUAUUUCUGGAUUACGCGCCGAUAUCAUCUGGAAACAUCACGGCCAGCCGAUGUUCUCGGUCCACAACUUGCGCAACCCUCUUGAAACUUCAUCGACUUCGCGGUGCUCAAGAUGUCCUUUGCGCAAAAUGUUGCUGGACCCCUGCGGCGGGGAGUGGAGGUUGAUUGGAAACGCGAUAAUUUCCAGUCAAUCUCUACACCAUGUCCGCACCGUCAGCCUUUACGGCUGGCAUUCCUCCAUCCAUGCCUGCCGGCAGUCAUGAGAUACAAGACUACUACUCCGACCAAGGCCCACCUCGGUCAUUGUCACACACUGCACCAUCCAUCACACCCUACCUUGGCCUCCGGGCUCGUUUAUCACAAAUAUGGCUCAAUCGAUGGACCAUCUUACUCCUACUUGUCCUUGCUCGCACCCUUAUCGCAAUCUCUGGGCUCGACAAUAGUCUAGGAUCAGCACGACGUGAGGCUCUCUCUGCGUGUUCAGACGUUGAAUCCAUGGGUUCCACUAUGGCAUCCAUGCCGCAUUACAUGUCCCAAGGGCUGAAUGAACUAGCUGCCACUGGCGUCGAGAAAUCCGUCAGCGGUCUGAUGCAGACGACUACCUUGAGUGUUACAGCUGUUGAAGAAAUAGUGGUGUUUGUGAUCGGAAUGAUGACAAACACCUAUCUUUGCCUGAUCACCCUAGCCGUCAGCGGAAGUUUACACACAGUCAUCGGGACACUCGACUCUGCCCAGAAGAGCCUCAACGGUUUAACCAAAAAUCUUGGAGGCGACAUGUCCGACGCUCUGGGCGACUUUGAGUCUGCCUACAACAAAUUCCUGGACGCUUUGAAAGGUUUCACGGCGUUUGGGGUAUCAGUUCCCACACCACCUCCGCUAAAUCUUACCCAACAGGUGAAUACCCUCGAAGGCCUCAAAUUACCGGGCAACCUUACAGCAGAUCUUCAAAAGCUCAACAAUUCAAUUCCUACCUUUGACGAAGUGAAAAACCUUACUGAAGGUGUCAUCCGCCUUCCCUUUGACGAAGUCAAACAACUCAUCAAUCAGUCUUUGGGAACGUACACGUUCAACCGAUCGUUGUUUCCGGUUCCGCAGAAAGAGCAACUCACUUUCUGCAGUGACAACAACGGGAUCAAUGACUUCUUCGAUGGCCUGGUUGACCUGAUCUCAGCCGCAAAGAAAGUGGCUAUCGGCGUCCUUUUAGUCCUUGCUAUCCUGGCAAUGAUCCCAAUGGCAUGGCGUGAGAUCCGACGCUGGCGCAUCAUGCAAGAACGAAGCCAGAUCGUCAAAGCGAACGACCGUGAUCCUAUGGACGUGGUGUAUAUUGUCAGCAGGCCUUACACAUCCUCCACAGGAUUGAAAAUGUCACAACAUUUCGAGUCACAACGAAAGAAGAGCUUGACUCGCUGGGUCGUCGCAUAUGCCACUACCGACGCGGCAUUGUUCGUCCUCGCCUUAGCUUUCACAGGUCUGCUUGCAUGUGCUUGCCAAGCCAUUCUCCUUCGCUCGAUGGCGAAAGAGGUCCCCAAUCUGACGAACCAAGUCACCUCCUUCUCCGAUAAAGUCGUCGCGCAACUAAACAAUGCAUCUGAGCAAUGGGCUGACGGUACUAAUGCAGCCAUUGCAUCGGUCAGCAACGAUAUCAACAAGGACAUGCUGGGAUGGGUCAACACUACCACGACCGCAGUCAAUGAUACUCUCAAUACUUUCGUGGACAAAACUAGUGAUGUUCUCAACGCCACCUUCGGAAACACACCGCUGUAUGAGCCCAUUAUGGAAGUUCUGAAUUGUCUUCUUCUCCUGAAGAUUGCAGGCAUUCAGAAAGGCUUGACAUGGGUUCAUGAUAAUGCACAUGUUGACUUUCCAACUCUUGCAAACGAUACCUUCAGCUUGGGUGCUGUUGCGAGUCUUGCUUCGACAGGCAAUCCGGACGACUCAUUCCUAGCCAGUCCUGGCGAUGCAGCGAGCAACAAAAUCUCAAGCGCCGUAGCAAGAGUUGUGGACGAAGUUGAAAGUGGUAUCCGCACAGAGGCGCUCAUCUCAACCGUGCUCCUACUUGUCUGGGUCAUGAUCUUAUUGAUUGCAAUAAUCAGAGCAUUGAUGCAAUGGUCAGGCCGAGACAAAGUGAGAGGUGACGGUGGUCCCGCCGCGCCAAACACCGACUUCCGUUCUGACAAUCAAGAUCGGUAUACUGGAUUUGUGGACGUCCCUUUGGCCGACAUCAAUUCUAGGAGGCCAAUGUCUCCUGCACCCAAGUACACCCCUUCCAAGGAUAUUGAAAUCACGGCCUUGGAGCAAUUUGAUUCAAAACUUGGCUACGCGGGCCAUCGAGGCUAUGAACAGACACGGAUGACAAGGAUUGACAGCAAACGAGGAAGUAUCUGGAACGGUGAUUGAAAAUUUUCUUGCUCCUUUUUUACCUUUUGAAGCGUUUUGGAAAUGUCACUUUGGAUCUGCGACAACUGUUUCCAAGGUUAAUGAUACGGGCCUUUUUGUAGGAAUGCAAACAACUCAAGCAUCGUAUUAGUAUGGCAACAGCAAGCCUAGAUUCACGAUACAGCGGAGAGUAAUGGAACAUUUGUGGAGAGGAUGGAAUUCCGAUAAUGAGUAUGAGAUGUGAUAGACGCAGCCAAUGGGUGGCAUUGCGUUUUGUGCGUGUGCAUGUUGAGCGUUGAUAUGCUUUGUGGAGGAAACCUCUGUCGAUUUUGAGGACCGACCGAACCAAUCAGUCAAGGAACGAACGAACAACACCCGGUCAUUGUUCUCACGUCGACAAAGAAUUUCCCGCGACAACAACCGAGGGACCAGAGUUCCUUCCCUGCCCCUUCUCCAGUGGCGCAGACAGUCUUUCUUCCUCUGGUGGAAAGACUAUGCCAUUUCUCCGCCAAUCUUUCGAUAGCCCUCGACCCCGACAGUGGCUGUCGCGCCUCUCCACUCGUGAGGGGUGUCAAGCAAGACGUGGUGUUUUCCGAGUUUUGGCACUGUGCCAAUUAUCGCAACUGGGGUCGCGUGAUGGAGUGGAAUCAUAAAUCCUUUCGAUCAUAUACCCUCGUCAUUUUACGACGUGUUUGGUAUCUCGAGGAUGAAGCAGGUCUUGCGUAUCUUUUUUCGUUUGGAACAAGUUGGUGUGAGCCCCCUUCGACCCUUUUGGGUCGUCGCUGUGUAGGCUCUCCAACCCAGACACUUUUUUCUGUUGUUGAGCUAUGGUCUUGAGGGAUAUCUCAUGAUGGUCGUUGAUGUGCGCAUGGAUGUUGAGGCCCUCAUUUGUCGUCUUGGUCAGACCUCCAGACUUUGCUGUUCAGGGACUUCGAGUCUCGGCUUGUGGUCAUCGUCUCUUCACUGAUCUUCGGAGAAAGUCGAAAGCGGCGACUACUGGUGAGCAGUCUGGUCUGGAGGACCCUGGCUCCGACAGCAAUGAGUUUCGCCUUCGGAGAGGCGUUGGCGGAUUGGUUCUUGACAAUUUCGGCUUGCAUGGAAAGUCUGGUCUGCUUCUCAACGCAUGUACCACGCAACAGAUCAAAAGCCGGUGAUUGUUAAGCAUCAAUUCACCAUGGUCCCUCUUCGGAGAAGGUCCUUUUUCGACAUGCUCCUGGUGGCUUGAAGUUCAGCAUGCAGGCUUCAGGUUCGCCGGUAUGCAGGAACGUGUUGAUUAGUGGACGGACUUGUGUAGCCUUGCUCCGAGUCAACCCCUUUACUUAUUAAAAAAAAAGCCGUGGGCCAGAUGCUUGAUACUGGACCUCUGGGUGGACAUUUUAUCUCUUGGGCCCGUUUGUGCUUGGUACGAAAGGCACAGAGAUUGGGUCUCUGGACAAUGCAAUAGGUAGAUGGACAUUCCGGUCUAGACGUAAAAUCAAGAUCUG